GCGUCGAAUGAAGAAGAACACACAGUUGAUUUUCUCCACCAUGCAAAACCCAGGCCUCCAACUUCCACUCAAACUGAAAGAUUAAUAAAAGUUUUACUCAAAGGAGGCCGCAAUAUUUGAAUCUUUGAAUCAUAUCUAAAUCUUGAAUCUUUUUCAACAAAGGUUUCUCUUUUAUCUGUUAAUCACAACAAACACCAUACUGCUAUUCAUAGCUGGUUCAGUAUUUUGGUAGGAAAAAAAAAAAAAAGUAUGGCAGUUUAUCAGAUGACGAUUUACAUUGUAACACUGACUUUGACCUAUAAAUUGUGCCUACGGCUGACUGCUGGUAGGCUGCUUUGCUUAUAGGGUAAAAUAAGGAGCAAAUAUACGAAUCCAUUCAGUAAAGAAUCUCUAUCCUCAAACAAAGGCAAAACAUUACCUUUUACCUUCCAUUGAAGAAAAAAGGUUUUCUUUUCUGCAUUAUCUUCUUUUUUUUUUUGGAUGAGCCCCCUGUUUUCCUUUCUAAUUUCUUCAUAAAUUAACCCUUUCUAGCCUUUCUUUUUAUUAUUUUGUUUAAUUAUUUCAUGUUUUAAGAAUAAUUAGACUACAAGCCAAGAAUUUAUGUAAACUGAUAAGAGUCUGCAAAAGAUGGGAAAAAAACAGGGGAAAACAGAGAGUGUACUGAAGAGGUUUUUAAUGUAAACGUAGUUUCCUUCUUUUUUUUCUUCUACUUUCUGAUUACAUAAAGCAUUUCAAAAGAAAGAAAAUUAAAUAAAGGGUGUUUUUUUUUUUAAUUGGGAUUUAAAGAUUCUUUGUCUAUCAUCAUGAAUUUUAGAUUACUUAGUAUUUAAAUCACUUCUGGUUGUCCAAAGUUUUACAUUUUCCUAUCUUCUUUUUUUUUUUUUUUUUUCUGGUGAAUAACAAGCAAAUCAAAGACACAUAAUUUGUUGAAAUAAGGAACCUUUUUCAUUACAAAACAAAACAAGGAAAAAGAAAAGCUUCCAUUGUUGUUGUUCUUCAAGGAUGCUUCCUUUCACCUGCAUUCUCGUAAUAUGUAUUUUAGGUCCAUUCUCUUCAUUUGGUAGAGCUGCCUUCAGUCUCAGCCUCCCUCACCAACAUCCUCACCCUGAAUCUGUUGUUCAUGAUGUUCAAAGGAGAUUAAAUGUGUCUAUAUCAAGAAGACAAGCUUUAUCGGUAAGCCAAAAAGAUCAAUGCCUAACCGGAAACCCCAUCGAUGAUUGCUGGCGGUGCGAUCCCAACUGGUACAACAACCGCCAACGCUUAGCUGACUGUUCUAUAGGUUUCGGGCAAGGAACCCUCGGCGGAAAAGGCGGCAGAGUCUACACUGUCGUGGAUUCCUCCGACAACGACGUUGCUAAUCCCAAACCAGGCACUCUCCGCCACGCCGUCAUACAAGACGAACCCCUCUGGAUCAUCUUCUCAACCAACAUGGUCAUCAAGCUGAAGCACGAGCUGAUUUUCAACUCUUUCAAAACCGUCGACGGCCGUGGUGUCACCGUUCAUGUCACCGGGAAUGGGUGUAUAACAUUGCAGUAUGUCUCCCAUGUUAUUAUACAUAACAUCCACGUUCACCAUUGUAAACCAUCGGGGAACGCCGACAUUGCUUCGUCGCCGACGCAUGUUGGAUGGAGAGGAAGAUCGGAUGGUGAUGGGAUCUCCAUUUUCAGUUCCCAGAAAAUCUGGAUCGAUCAUUGCGCCCUUAGUUACUGCACUGACGGUCUUAUUGAUGCUAUAAUGGGCUCCACUGGAAUUACCAUUAGUAACAACUAUUUUUCUCACCAUAAUGAAGUAAUGCUUUUAGGCCAUGAUGAUAGGCAUUUGGCUGAUUCAGGGAUGCAGGUGACGAUAGCUUUUAAUCACUUUGGAGAAGCAUUGGUGCAAAGAAUGCCGAGAUGCCGGUUAGGGUAUAUACAUGUUGUCAAUAAUGAUUUCACGGCUUGGGAAAUGUAUGCCAUCGGCGGUAGUGCUAACCCUACCAUCAACAGUCAAGGGAAUCGUUAUACUGCACCAGUGGACCCUAAUGCUAAAGAGGUGACAAAGAGAGUGGACACGGAUGAGAGGGAAUGGGCAUCUUGGAACUGGAGAACAGAAGGGGAUUUAAUGGUAAAUGGAGCCUAUUUUGUGCCUUCCGGUGCCGAUGUAAGUCCUCAGUACGCUAAAGCUUCCAGCAUCCAGCCUAAAUCCGCUGCCUUCAUUCAGCAGCUCACUUUCACUGCCGGCGUUUUCGGCGAGUCUAGCGAAGAGACUGGGAGCUAUACCUAUCCAGGGUACACCGGCGACACCGUGCCCAGUGGCACCGGCACCACCACUACUGGCAGUUCAGGACCCACCGAUGAUGGCAACUUCUUUGGAAUGAUAUUUGGGAGCGGCGCAGCACCAUCGCCAACCCCACCAGCAUUAACAUCAAUGGCUUCAACAUUUUUGUCUCUUUUAAUUAUUUUAAUUUUGUAUUCUAUUACCAACCAAGGUGCGCUACCACCAUUACUAUCAUUAUUAUUGUUAUAGAAAUUAAAAAGAAAGAAAGAAAAAGGAAUCAAAAUUAUAGGUAAUAGUUAUAAUUUUAUAUAAGAAAUGAAAGAAAUCAAAGAUUUCUGUGAUUA